CCGUUAUUAAUGGAAAUAAUGUUUAAGCUGCUGGUGGUACUAACAACAUCAACGUGCUUAUUUUCGACUGUUAAUUCCGGUGUACCAAUUGCAACUGGUGGUCCAUCACUGAUCUACGAAGGCAAAGACGCCUUGCUCACAUGCGUUGUCUCAGAGAACCGCGCUAAUCACACAGUGAUAUGGAAGAAAUCCGACGAAAUACUCACUGCCGGUAUGGUGAGAGUGACGAGCGACACACGUGUAAGUGUGUUGCAUGACGAAAGUGAAUGGAAGAAAGAUCCCAAAGGACUCGAGUCUGGCGGUGAGGUGUGGGUGUUACUAGUGAAGCGUUUGACUACCGAAGAUUCAGGUAGCUACAUCUGCGAACUGAAUUCGGAGCCCGUGCUCCGGAGCAUACAUAUACUCACAGUCAAGCAGAUACCCAACGGAAAUGAUAACAUCACGACCACCACAGAGUCGAGUGAUGUCUAUCUAGUGCCGCCGCCACUCGACGCCACAGACAAUCGUUCGUUUUGGCGUGCGCCCACGGUUGCGCCUCAAAUCACACACGAUUUCACCGAAUGCUGUGAGCGCGCUAACGUCACCGCCGAGUGCAUGGGCUUCUGCAAUGUACACAACAUAAUCGACGGUACGACGGGCAUAGAGCCCGAAGCUUGUGAGAAGGAUUUUCCAAACAUUGUACGUUGCAUGGCGGAUGGACGUGAUCAUGUGCCCUGCUGUGUGGACAAACAGAUACCGGAUUUGUGUCAGGAUAUGUGUCGCGGUGAAUACACACCUUUCACGGAUCUCCUAAAGACUCGCGUAUCUUGCGUACAUCAUACCCUCAGUGGUUUGCAAUGCAUACUGCAGGGCGUGCAGAAUAUACCCAGUACACCGACGAGUGUUACAGUUGAUCAUGUGUCGGAGACACGUGUCACGGUGCACUGGUAUGAACCGGAAAAGUUGGCGCAUAAAGUCGCCUAUUACAGUGUGAAUUUAACGGCGCUACACAGUUUCGAUGAGGAUGAAGUGUCCAAUGCGUAUGCAUGGAAGAAACGUCCAUUAGAGCAGACCAUCAUACGCACAGUGCCGGUUAAUCAGACAACGCUCACACUACAGGAUCUUACUCCGCUCACAAUGUACGCGAUCGUGGUGACCGCGCAUAAUGAUUACGGUUCGAGUUUGCCCAGCGAACGUUUGCGUGUGUUCACUCAUACCAGUGAGGUAUUCGCACCACGAAAUGAUGAUGCCGAAGCUUCUGCUUCGGUGGAGAGCAUUAUGCCGGAGCUGCCAAAUAUACGUAGCUGUUGUGAGGCCAAAGGCAUGACGCAUCGUAAGUGUCUCGAUAAGAUGUGUGAUCCACAGAAGACCGAUCUCGCUACACUGCCCGACUUUAUGGUCUGCGCACCUUGGUCCAAUAUUACCUUUACUUGUCUGGCAAAUAAAAUCGAUCACACACCCUGUUGUCGUGCGCGUGGCAUACCGGCUGUGUGCUUUCCGCUAUGCUCAGGCAAAAUAUCAACACUAGACUUUAGUCUGUUCAAGUGCCUACGCUUCAUGUCCGAGUAUAGCAGCUGCCUCUUCCAGGGUUACGGCGUGCUCGCUGAUCCACCUUCGAUGAUACGUACGGUGGCAAAGGCCGAUAAUUUUAUAAUUUUGGACUGGGAUAAACCCAAACGCUUGGCCGACACAAUCAGCACUUAUCAUGUCAAGUUUAGACGUUUGGGCGAAGGCGACGACUAUCUGACUGUGGUGAAGAAAAACCCACCACUCAUCUUGGAGGGACUUGAACCCGAAGUCUACUAUGAAUUCUACGUAGUGUCUGUGAAUCAAUAUGGCAAAAGUGAAGCUUCACCACGCCUUAUUACACGCACACAACCCGCCGAGGCGGCGGAUGAGCCCGAACCGGUUUACAAUAUGACAAAAUGCUGUCAGGCAUCCGGCUUGCUGCCACAAUGUGCGCCCCUCUGUUCGUACAACAUUAAAUUGUCGGAUAUUGAAAAGCUUGGACCGGCGUGUCGGGCACAAAUGUCGGUUAUUGUGCGCUGCGCCGCCGGUGGACGUGAUCAUACGCCCUGCUGUCAACGCCGCGGCGUGCCCACCGCUUGCAUGACCAUCUGCCGUGGUGUUAUGCCGCACUACGCGAACGGCGUCGGCAGCAAUGCGGGCGCGCUGAGUGGCAGCAGCUAUAGCGGUAGCAAUGGCACGACCUCCAGUGACUGUUUAUCGUACGCGGGAAAUAUUUUGCAGUGCAUCGAAGAAGGCACCGAGAGCAUACCCGGCCCAGCUGAGGACGUGCACGCCAUUUCGGUAACAAAUACCACAAUUAGCUUGACUUGGCGUCAACCCGGCUACGAGGCAAGCGCACCCACCGCAGCAACAACAACAACCACAGACAAUGAAGAGGAGAACACGAAGAAAAGCACUACUCCGAGUACCGCUGGCAGCGCGAACAAUGGCGAGAACAACAACAACUCCGGCAACACUAAUGACAUUGCCACUGCUGGGGGCAGUGAUGCGUCGACGUCCAACAGCGCUGAUGAUAUCGAUUUUAUCGUGCAAUAUGGCAAAGUCAAUAACAUGACACUCUAUGAGACUGUGGCGAAACUGGAAAAUGAAUUGACCACAAAUGAGACCAGCAUUGCGCUGACGAAUUUGGAGCCGCACGCAUUGUAUCGCAUUAUGGUGGUGACGCGCGGACGUUAUGGUACAGCGUUGCCAUCGUCGAUGUUGCUGAUCAAUACGACCGAUGAUGAGAAUGUCACAAACAAGAAUAAUACCUAUGGUGCACCCUCUCCGCCCCACUCGCUUUCGAUUACAUCACACAGCGCGACCUGGAUGCAAUUGACUUGGCAGCCACCAGAAUAUUCGCAUCCGCAUGAGAAGAUUACCUACAGAGUCUACCACAAACCCAUGAAAUCGGAGAAGUUCAACAAAAUCGAAACUAAAGUAGCAUGGCUCCGUAUGAGCAAUCUCAAACCCAGCUCACAACAUAUACUCUACGUCGAAGCUAUUGGUGAGCAUGCGACAUCUCUGCCUUCCGAGACGCUGGUGGCUUGGACCGACCCAGCGUUGCCAGCAUUCGUGGAUCCGCCAACAGUACACCCCGCCGAUAACAUCCCCGAAGGCGGUUCGAUGACCAUACUCUGCUUAGCCUUGGGUAAUCCGGCGCCAACUAUUUCACUCUACGUCGGUGGACAUUUGGUGCGUCAGGAUACGUCGAGACACAUGGUUACAGUAAUACAUAAUGUUACUGCUGACAUGGAGCAUAUAUCCUGCUAUGCAGACAAUGGUUAUGGUGUGCCUAUGCAGGCCACAAGAAGAGUCAAUAUUUGCUAUGCACCAAAAAUUACCGCCGCCGGCAUCACCGUCGCCUCGUUGGGCGAUGAGGUCGAGCUGCGUUGCACAGUCGAUGCGAAACCAACACCGAAGACCAUCUUCUGGCGUGAUCAUGACGGCCGCGUGCCCGUCAUACAGGGUGGUCACUUCGAUAUCUCAACUAAAAUGAAUGAAUCGCAUACAAAUCUUUACACAAUGUCGCUGCGCAUCAAUAAAAUGUUGGCGACGGAUGUGGGCGAUUACUUCUGUCAUGCGGAAAAUGCUUUUGGCUCCGCCACGUCGGCGGUUUCAGUGCGCAUACGAACCACACCCGCGCUGGGACGUAAUGUAUCCGAGUGUUGUCGUCAAAUGAAUGUAUCCAUGGCCUGCCGUGCUGCUUGCAGUUAUUACGUCGAUAUCGAGGCGAUCGCCGACAAACCCGAGUGUAUUGUGGACUUUGAUAAGCUGAUGAAAUGCGCGGCGGACGGUUCCGAUCACCGCAGCUGUUGUGCUGAUGCGAAUGUGCCGCGGAAGUGUUUGAAUUGGUGUCGCGGUGAUUCGGUGCGUUCAAAGGAGAUAUGCAGCCUGCAAUACUCGCGCACAAUUGUUGGCUGCUUUGAAAUGAACAGGGAUAAGCUGCCGGGACCACCGGAGAAUAUUGCUGUCAGCGUUAUGUCGGACAAUGAAGUCAUGAUUAGAUGGGAUCCACCACAAAAGAACCCCAAUGUGGUUGAAGGUUAUCGGAUAUUUUACCAUGAGGCAGCCAUACUUGCAGGUGAUUCCAGUGAGUCUAGCGGUGAUGGCAUGACCUACAAUGCAACAACACUGCAAAAUACCACCGAAAUUAGACGCCUUGAUGUGAAAGAGACCACGGUGAAUAUAAAUGGUUUGAAGAAGGAUGUGCUCUAUGAGCUGGUGGUGAAAGCUGGCAAUUCUUUUGGCGCUAGCGUUCUCACCGAACCAGUUAAAUUCACGCUCGGCGAUCAUCACGUCACCUCAGCGACGACAUAUUCAAAUGCUGUCGGCACCAUCAGUGGCAUUGUGGCCAGCAUUCUGGCUGUGCUAUUAGCGGCAGCGGCCAUUGUGUUUUAUCGGCGUCAUCGCGCACGUAACGGUAAGGCUGGUAAUGGUGUGGCUUUCGAAAAUCCAACAUACACACGCGGUCUGGAGCAAGUUCAGACGCUUUACGAGUUAAAGUACAGUGGGCCUACGAAUUUUAAUUACCAGCGCCAAUGGCCAUUAGUUUUGCGUGCUUCGGCAGUGGGCAACAGCAGCGCGUAGUCAAGGAAAAAGCGACAGAAAUAGGCAAGUGAAACGUGGACGAGCCAAGGAGCAAUUAAAGAUCUAGUGAAAGUAUAAAAGUUGGCCGAAAAAGCGGGCGAAGGUGGUUCGGUGGUUCGGUUAUUGGUGUACAAGCGGCAUACAUGUUUUUGAGGCAUUAGUUAGGUGUGGGAGUACCUAUGAAUAACAGCAAUGGAGGCAAGCAAAGCAGCGAAAGAAUGUAAAUGGAAGCGAGACGCAGCUAAUCGCCUAGCAAUGAUUGAAUGCUUGGCAGCUGCCAUUUGAAGGAGUAAAAAGCAGCGACAUUUGGUUUUUGAAUAUUAGAGAUGUUCUAAGAAUUGUUUGAAAAAGUUAAUUGGAAAAAAAAAAAAAAAAACAGAAAAACGAUUAUUAUUUUCAAUACGGCCAUAUUAUACUGUUAUGUGUAAUUAGUGGAAUUUACAUACAGUAUAUGUAAAAAGAGUAGUAGAUUCACCAUUUCCUGUGGGUCCAACACAUUUGUAUAUACAAAUUUCGAAAUCCAAAUUUUUAAAUUUUUUUGAAUUUGUUUGAGAAUUUUUACUUUUUUUUAUGGAAUAUUCUUGUUGAAACACAGUUAGCUAUUCAUGCAAUAUCAUAUUUAUAAAAAAGUUAAGAAUCUACUCAUUUAAGGGUACCAGGGUAUCCCUAAUAUGAACCUAAAACAAAGUUGCUCAAUUAUGGAGUACUUUCUUUUCCCGUUCAACGUGUUUCUUUCACGGUUUAAGGACAUUAUUGGCCACGUGCUAUAGGGUGGGAUAAAAUAUAUACAGGUAUUUUGUCACUUUAUUUCGUGGUUGGUAGAUAAAUUCAUGAAGAUGCAAAAUUAUGUCUUAAACAAAUUGAACUGCAAUAACAAGUUGAAUGGUGAGAAAGAAUGUAUUUGUGGAUAAUUCAAUUUCCCACAAUAUGUGCGAAACUGUUUUUUUCAAAUAGUAUAUAAUGAGAUAUGAAUUUUUGAUGUGGAUGAUCUUUCUAAUGAUAUGUGGAGGUCAUAUGAGAAGAGUAUAUUUUGGCAAUGUCUACCAACCAAUUCUGCAGUUUACAAAGUGAAAAUAAUAAUCUAUUUUUUUUAGCCCACCCAAAUCACUCACCGACCAAAGGGCCGCCAACACAUUGCUUUUGGCACUUGAGCUUCUUGCAAUUGUAGCUGUUGUUUGUAUAUUUUAUAAUUUAAUUCUAAUUUUUGCUGCUCUUAGCGCUUGCCACACAAAUCAAAGUCUUCACGUUAACUUGCAAUGCAGACAAGUGUUGUUUAUUUUUUGUUUUUUUUUGUGGUAUUUGCUUUGAUUUUGCUUUACUCACUUAUU